AUGAAGCCACCAAAGGGGUACGAGAAAGGUGAGCCAGGGCAAGUUUGCAAGUUAGUGAGAAGUAUCUAUGGUCUCAAACAAGCUUCGAGAGCAUGGAACUGUGCGCUGAAGAGUUUUCUCAUAAGACAUGGAUAUAAACAGUCUAAGAAGGACUAUUUCAUGUUCACAAAGGAACAAAAUGGGAAACAAGCUAUCAUUUUAGCAUAUGUUGAUGAUUUGUUGAUUACCGGAGACAACUUGGAAGAAAUAGAAAGAUUAAAAGCUAAUUUAGACUCUGAGUUCACCAUUAAGGAUCUUAGAGAAUUGAGAUUCUUUAUUGGAAUUGAAGUAGACAGAAAUGAACAUGGUACUUUGUUGAAUCAAAGAAAAUACAUACUUGAUAUACUCAAGAAUGUUGGCAUGGAAGAUUGCAAGAUAGCAAAAUUCCUUUUUCCAAAAGGAAUGAGGCUGUCUACUGAGACAGGAGAAAUCCUUGCACACCCGGAGAUUUACAGAAGAAUUGUUGGGAAGUUGUUGUAUUUAAAUAUUACCAGACCAGACAUAUCAUAUUCAGUACAACAACUAUCCCAAUUCAUGCAUUGCCCCAGAAAACCUCAUUUACAAGUAGCAUUACACGUGAUCAGAUACUUGAAAGGAACCAUGGAUUGGGGAUUAUAUUAUCCAAGAAAUUCAGAAUUGAAGAUUGAAGGAUAUUCAGAUGCAGAUUGGGGAAGUUGUGCCUUUAGUGCACGAUCUCUUACUAACUAUUGCAUUUUCAUUGGACAAUGCCUUGUUUCCUGGAAGACAAAGAAGCAAAAGACUGUAUCGAAAUCAUCCACAGAAUCUGAAUACAGAAGUAUGUCUCACACCACAAGUGAACUUGUGUGGGUGGAUGAUAUUUUUGCAAAAUCUUAG